AUGUCUUCCAACGUGUCCACCACGAAUCUCAACAAUCUUGCGCGAGUCCUCGCAAGCAGGGCGGACAGCCUCGUCCUGCGUCUGGUUCGCGUGCUCUCUACACCGGCGGGACGAGACAAGACGCUCUGCACCCUGCAGUACCUUCUCAUCGUCGUCUACACUCAACUCACCCGCCUCCAAGGCAUCCGCUACCGUCGUUUCCUCGCCUCCGUAAGCCGCAAAAUCGGUGCCGUCCUCCUACCUGGUGAGACCGUCGUCGCGACGCUAUCACCACCAGACGACAGGCUCAGCCAUGUCAUCAAGGGCAGCAAGGCACUGUCCGAGUUGAUCAGCGACUUCAGAUGCUUCUCACGCGUCGUCGAGUCCUUGGACCUGUACACCUGGGGCAAGAGCACAUGGAACAGCCCUCCCGAGGACGGCAUCGUCAAGGCUGCUGUUUGGGGUCAGAUCUGGACAAUCACAGCAUACCAGUGGUACGAGAACGUGGCAUAUCUAGCAUCCAAGGGUGUACUGCGUGGUGAGAAAUUCGACACGAAACAACAAAACAAGUGGUGGGUGUGGAGCUCGCGCUAUUGGAUGGCAUACAUUGCACUGGAAGCAGUGCGACUUGCCCGUGUGUGGCAGUUGAAGCCGACUGUCACUUCGUCCGUCGACGGUGCUCAGAAAAAGGCGGACACACUGGAAGCCGAGGCUCUUUGGAACAGACAAAUGACGGUCAACAUGGCUUGGGCGCCCGUCUCAUACCACUACAGCUUGGAGUCUGGUGCUUUGAGCAGUGACUGGCUGGGUGUCCUCGGCUUGGUUGCUGGUGCCACUGGCUUCCGCAAUCUAUGGCGGCAAGCUGCCUAG